UCCCUUUCGUCGGCCUCUCUUACACUUCCAACUACUUUUAGGGCUUUUUUUUUUCCCUCGAUCUGUUACUCAAAAAACUCACAGACCUUCUUCCUUCCGCCAUUAAUGGCUUCCACCUACAAAUCCUGAACCUCAAUCCACCAUUCCUCUCAAUUAUUCCAUUUGCUCUCUCUAAUUCUCCCUCACUCCCAUUCAUUUCUUCUCUUUUGCUUCCCCUAAUUCCGUUUCCGAUUAUGGAGUUGAGUAAGGUCACCUUGGAGAUCUUCACCAAGCUCGAGCAGCAAUGGCUUUCUCAUCACUGCGACGCUGCUAAGAAGACUCGCAUUCUCAGCAUUGACGGCGGUGGAACCACCGCAAAUGUCGUCGCUGCGUCGCUCAUUCACCUUGAAGACCAGAUCCGCUUCAGGACUGGCGAUCCUCAUGCUCGCAUUGCUGAUUUCUUCGACCUAAUUGCUGGUACUGGCAUUGGAGGCAUUCUCGCCUCGAUGCUUGUGGCGGAUGAUGGCUCUGGCCGUCCUCUGUUUUCUGCUAGGGAUGCUGUAAGUGCGAUUUCUGCUAGGAAUUCGGAGAUGUUUAAAGUGAAAUUCGGAAGCGGAUUUUGCCGACGGCGGAGAUUUUCUGGUAGGUCUAUGGAUAGAGUCUUGAAGGAGUUCUUUAGAGGUGAGAAUGGUAAGGAUUUGUCUCUGAAGGAUACUUGUAAGCCUCUUUUAGUUCCCUGUUUCGAUCUCAGAAGUUCGGCGCCUUUCGUGUUCUCUCGCGCCGACGCUUCUGAAUCGCCGAGUUUCAACUUCGAGCUUUCGAAAGUCUGCCGUGCUACGGCGGCGACGCCGAGUUCUUUCAAACCGUUUCAUCUCUCUUCCGUCGACGGAAAGACCUUAUGCACUGCCGUCGACGGCGGCUUAGUAAUGAACAAUCCAACCGCCGCCGCCGUCACGCACGUUCUCCAUAACAAACGCGAUUUUCCGUCCGUCAAUGGUGUGGAGGAUUUACUUGUUCUGUCGUUAGGCAACGGAUCGGCAAGCGGCGGCAACGGCAAGGUCCGCCACAACGGCGAGUGCUCAACCUCCGCCGUCGUCGGCAUUGUGCUCGACGGCGUCUCCGACACCGUCGAUCAAAUGCUUGGGAAUGCCUUUUGCUGGAAUCGAACGGACUAUGUGAGAAUUCAGGCAAACGGCUUAGUGGACGAAGAAGCGGAGGUAUUAACGGAGCGAGGAGUGGAAACGUUGCCAUAUGGCGGGAAGCGGUUACUAACAGAGAGUAACGGGCAGAGAAUUGAGAGCUUCGUGCAACGGCUGGUGGCUUCAGGGCGGAGCAGCCUGCCGCCGAGCCCGUGCAAAAAUCUAGCGGCCGUCACCCCACUAUCCGGCCGUUAGGAUCGAAUAUUAUAUAAAUAUAAAUAUUUUUUUUUCUUUUUUGGGAAGGAAAAAAAAUUAUUGUUAUUAUUUUUAUUUAUUUCAUCUUUUAAUUUUAACAUGUAACCCAUCUCAGGUUCACAUUUUAACC